CAGGCCGGGGUCUGUGGGGAGGGGACGCUUCCCGCGGGCGCGCGGAGCGAGGACGGUGACAGCCACGCGCGCACGUGCGCGCCCGGCCGCAGCGCGGCCCCGAGACCUCCCUCGGCCGCUUCGAGGCGCGCGGGGGCUGGGCCGCUGCGGUCUAGGGGCCCCGUCCCGGGGCGUCCCCAGCGUCCCCGGCCCGAGACCCUGAGCGCCGGGCAGAGCCCAUCCGCUGGGUCUCGGCUCGUGUUCCGUCCCCGUGGCCGUAAGGGUCCGCCCCCCAACUCCUCUUUACGCUCCCGGGGCAGGGUCCUCACGGCCCAUGCUGGCCGCUGGGGGCCCGCGCGGACCAGCCAGCUCCCAGGCGGGCCAGUCGGCUACCAUGGUGGCCCUGAGGCCUGUGCGGCUCCUCCAGGGGGGCUAACAGGUCCAGAGCGCAGGCCUCGGGGCGCGAGGGUCCCGGGCCUGAGCCCCGCGCCAUGGCCGGGGCCAUCGCUUCCCGUAUGAGCUUCAGCUCGCUCAAGAGGAAGCAGCCCAAGACGUUCACCGUGCGGAUCGUCACCAUGGACGCCGAGAUGGAGUUCAAUUGCGAGAUGAAGUGGAAGGGGAAGGACCUCUUCGACUUGGUGUGCCGGACUCUGGGGCUUCGGGAAACUUGGUUCUUUGGACUGCAGUACACGAUCAAGGACACUGUGGCCUGGCUGAAAAUGGACAAGAAGGUGCUGGAUCAUGAUGUUUCAAAGGAAGAACCCGUCACCUUUCACUUCCUGGCCAAAUUUUAUCCUGAGAAUGCUGAGGAGGAGCUGGUUCAGGAGAUCACGCAACAUUUAUUCUUCCUGCAGGUAAAGAAGCAGAUUUUAGAUGAAAAGAUCUACUGCCCUCCCGAGGCUUCUGUGCUCCUGGCUUCUUACGCCGUCCAGGCUAAGUAUGGUGACUACGACCCCUCUGUUCACAAACGUGGAUUUUUGGCCCAAGAGGAAUUGCUUCCAAAAAGGGUAAUAAAUCUGUAUCAAAUGACUCCAGAAAUGUGGGAGGAGAGAAUUACAGCCUGGUACGCAGAGCACCGAGGCAGAGCCAGGGAUGAAGCUGAAAUGGAAUAUUUGAAGAUAGCUCAGGACCUGGAGAUGUACGGUGUGAACUACUUUGCAAUCCGGAAUAAAAAGGGCACCGAGUUGCUGCUUGGAGUGGAUGCUCUGGGGCUUCACAUCUAUGACCCUGAGAACAGGCUGACCCCCAAGAUCUCCUUCCCAUGGAAUGAAAUCCGUAAUAUCUCAUACAGCGACAAGGAGUUUACUAUUAAACCAUUGGAUAAGAAAAUCGAUGUCUUCAAAUUCAACUCCUCAAAGCUUCGUGUUAAUAAGCUGAUUCUCCAGCUCUGUAUUGGGAACCAUGACCUUUUCAUGAGGAGAAGGAAGGCUGAUUCUUUGGAAGUUCAGCAGAUGAAAGCCCAGGCCAGGGAGGAGAAGGCUAGAAAGCAGAUGGAGCGGCAGCGCCUUGCUCGAGAGAAGCAGAUGAGGGAGGAGGCAGAGCGCACAAGGGAUGAAUUGGAGAGGAGGCUGCUGCAGAUGAAAGAAGAAGCAACAAUGGCCAAUGAAGCUCUGAUGCGGUCUGAGGAGACAGCUGACCUGUUGGCAGAAAAGGCCCAAAUCACUGAGGAGGAGGCAAAACUCCUGGCUCAGAAGGCCGCAGAGGCUGAACAGGAAAUGCAGCGCAUCAAGGCCACAGCCAUUCGGACAGAGGAAGAGAAGCGCCUGAUGGAGCAGAAGGUGCUAGAGGCUGAGGUGCUGGCGCUGAAGAUGGCUGAGGAGUCAGAGAGGAGGGCCAAGGAGGCAGAUCAGCUGAAGCAGGAUCUGCAGGAAGCCCGAGAAGCAGAGCGAAGAGCCAAGCAAAAGCUCCUGGAAAUCACCACCAAGCCCACAUACCCGCCCAUGAACCCAAUUCCAGCACCGUUGCCUCCCGACAUACCAAGUUUCAACCUCAUUGGUGACAGCCUGUCUUUCGACUUCAAGGAUACUGACAUGAAGCGGCUUUCCAUGGAGAUAGAGAAAGAAAAAGUGGAAUACAUGGAGAAGAGCAAGCAUUUGCAGGAGCAGCUCAAUGAACUCAAGACUGAGAUUGAGGCCUUGAAACUCAAAGAGAGGGAGACAGCCUUGGAUAUUCUGCACAAUGAGAACUCUGACCGGGGUGGCACCAGCAGCAAGCACAAUACUAUCAAAAAGGUACCAACCUCAAGCCCAAGGCAGAAGACCUAUCUGCAUUUGAGCCCUCAAAGUAGGUUAUUCCCAGGUACUCUGUAUGUGGUGAUGGUACUACCCUCUGUGAUACUAACCCAUGCAUGAGCUUGCCUGUCUCUGUCCCUGGGCCAUGCCUAGCCCUCCUGAGGGCAGGUGGUGCCUGGGUACUGGCCGCAGCAUGCUUUGAGUCUGAGAGCAGGCAUCUACCCUGUGGGGCCAGACCAGCCUCCAGGGGUCCAGAAGGCUGUCUCAUUCUGAAGAGCAUGUCAUGGGGCUGUAGGACCGGCUGUCCUUCUUCACAUCUUGUGUCAUCGUUGGGCUGGGGAUGGUUAUGCUUCUUGUCCAGUGAGGUCUGUCUAAAAGUCGUUUGUCCCAGUGGCAUAGUCCUUAGAUAAAUAGCCCUAGCAUGGAAACGGGAUAAAUUUGGGUGUCUUUAACUCAAGAUCAAGACCUUUCAUGUGGUGACAGCUUCUGAAGACCCACGGUCAUACUGGCCACUUCUGGUGGUAGAAUGAAGGGGCUGCCUGUACUCCCUCAUUUUCCUUUAGAGCUUCCCCUUUCUGUACACAUCUGUUUUCUUUCCAAGUAAAACAAACCACCAGCACAGCGGGCUGAUUUCUAAUCCAUCUAAGGGGACCAUCUGCCUGUUGGUGCUCUAAAGGCCAUCUCUGCUUCAGCACCCCCCACAGCCUGGGGUAGAGUUGUGGUCAGUGUGAACUCACAUUGAGACAGUCGCCGGCACCCAGUAGAUGAGCAGUCUGGUUGUUGAGUGAAUUAAUGGAAUGAUUGCUGCUUUCCUUUUGCAACAGUUCAUCAUCCUCCCAACAUGCCUCGGCAAUAGGGAGAAUUUAUUAUGCCCAGUAAUAACAUCCUACCUCUGCUCCUCACCUGAUCCCCAGCAGUAUGCAAGCCAGUGAAUCCACCGACACCUGACAGUCACGUAGGAUGUGUCCUUUGGUGUCCUCGGCACAGUUUCUGCUAUUAGGAUAAAAUAAGCUUAUUGGAAGCUUUCUACCAAAAAGUGAGAUCUGGCAUAAGAUAGAUCUUAUUUGCAGUUGUUAUCCAAGCAAGAGAGGUUAGCUAUUAAAGUCCCAGAUGGGUCUCAUUACAAGAUGAAUUCUGUCAGUGGUUCCAAGAAACCAUAACAUGAACCUCGAUUUGUGUGUGAUGCUUUUAGUUAGGCUCCUCUUUCUUCAGUUUUUGUAACAAAUGUUGGCAUCGAAUACCCCACCACCAAGCAGUGCAUGCCCUGAGGAGGGCAGUAUGGCCAACACAGGAAUUGGGCAGGCCAGGUAGAUCAUUGGUUCAGGUAGUGACCCCAUGGUGCCCAGAAGACCAUGGGGUGGAGCCACUUUGUGGCUAGCACAGGGUCCAGCAGAAAGUCCCUUUUUGUCUCAGCCCAUGCUGUCAGCUAUGCCCACAUAUGACCAUACCAUUCUGUCUUGAUAGGAUUUCAUCUUUCUUCUUUCUGUAAUGAUUCAGAACAUUUAGAUUCUUCAGGGGCCUGAUUUUGACUGUCAGUUCUCAAUGAGUUCUUAUUGUAGACAAAUGAGGUUUGAUUUGUAGUCAAAUUUGUACUGCUCCUAGGACAUUCAUAGAAACCUUUUUUUUUUUUUUAACGUCUUGAUGUAAACCUGUUUUCAAAGUAGGCUGCCAGGUUCCAGUUAAUCAAGAAUUCUGAUUAUUCGAGGGUUAAUAAAAGCAUGGACUUGGCUUUUGAUACAGCUGGAUUUAUCUCAGGAUCACUAGAUGAAAUAAUGGGGUUUUUGCUACACAUGAAGUUUGAUACCCUUUCCAGUGUCUGGACUUCAGUGGUCUCUGGGGCCAGUGACCAUGCCUGACAAGCAGCCCCCUGCCUGUGCCGGGGUAGCUCUGGGGUUGUGCCUGCCACAGUCCGGGCCAAAGAGAACCUAGCUGAAGGGAAACACCACUGUGGGCUUUGGAAGCAUGGCCAGCUAGCAUGUGAAGGGCAGAGCUCCAUCUACAAAGUCUGGGACAAGAUAUGUGAAGGCUGGCAGUGAACUGGAGAGUUUUCAGUGUGCUGAGAGCUUAUUAGUCUUGGUUCAAAGCAGCCUGCAUUGAUUUUUCUUUUGUUUUUCAUGUUUUCUGAUCAUAGAUUCUUUCAAGAAAAGAAUGGUCCUACCUAGUUGGCUACCACAGUGCAGGCGUGUUCCUCCUCCUCACCUUCAGUACCCUUCUGCCUCACCGUGAGGUCUCAGUAUCUGACACUGUCUCCAAAGUACCCUCAGGGGUUGAGUAGCACUUAAACUAAUUCCAGGGGUUUACCCUUGGGUUCAGGGGUUGCCAUGUUCCCUUGGGAAUGCCAAGAGGCUGUCUGGUCUGGUUAACUGAGGUUACCACUGUUCUGCCACUUACUUUCUCUGUAAUUCUUUCUCUUGAAGCCCAGUGUCCUCACCUGUAAAGAGUGAAUAAGACAGUCCCUAACCCUGCAGGAUUGUGAUAAGGAUUAAAUUACACAGGAAAUAGUUCACCAUAAGAGCUCAGCAAUUAACUUCCAUGUGUUUGGAGGUAAAAACUUUGAAAAAGCCAAAAUUAACUUCACUGGUUCUUUUACUAUCUCAUUUGAGUUUGCAAGGGAAUAUUUUUGCUCCUCCUGCUAAUCUCAACUCCCUACAUUUCCAUUUUGUUCCCCCAGUUGAUAAUCAGUGCAACUGGUUUGGCAUUUGCAACUGACUCAUAGUGGCCCCUAUUGAUUAGAAGCUGCCCCUAAGAACCUAGAUUUAGGUUCUUAGCAUUUCAUUCUCAGUGAGAGCAACAGUGACACAUGUUCCUGGCCUUUGAAUCUUUUGAGUGAGGGAGAUCUGGCAGUGAGGCUGAGGUGAGGGGGACACAGGUGUUGUGGGCUUCAGAGCCACAGUGCCGAUGAGGUGAGCAGUGGCCAGCUGUGCUGCACACUUGGAAGGUGAAAAUGCAGUCCUCGAGCUUGCACGUUUCAGGGUCUUGCUUCCAUUCCCUCUCAAGGGACAGGUUUCACUCCCCAAUCCUGAGCUGGUCUGCUCAUUGUUUUUUUGCCCCUGAUCUCCAAGGAAGCACAGGAUUUCCAAGGAAAUCGACAGAUGGGAAAUCAUGGGGGUCACGGAGCUUAGAAAGCUUAUUUUAUUAGUAAAUGGUUUGAGCCAUCAGGGUCUAGCUGUGGUUUCUGCUGGUGGAAGAACACAAAUGAGGAGCCUUGACAGUUCUGAAGCUGUAGCCGCCUCUUGGUUCAGGAAGACAUAAAAGUCCAAUGUCAUCUUCAAUUUGCACAGACUCCCCUUGGAGAUGCAGGGCUGGCGAAGUGGAGUAGAACACUUAAAACACCCAGGGAGGUGAUAAAUCACAGGGCGAGAUUGAAUAUGCGUGAAAGGCAUCUCCCACAAUUAAAACAAACGGCCAGAGCCUCCCUGGUGACCUCUGGUCGCUCGCCUCUGAAUGAGCUUUCUGUUGCUUGUGUGUGGUUAAUGUGUUCAGCCCUUCCAUGACCCCAGUCACUCGAUGCGAGUGGCUCUGCUCGUUCUGGAGACUGGGCAUUGUCUGGUGCAGCAUCCGCUGCCCUGACAUAAAAGGCAGCACACUGGCUCCAUGGCUCCAGAACCUUUCUUUUGUUGUUGUUGAAAGGUAGC